AUGGAGACAGUCGAGAGUGCUCUUUCCAAACUAUCGACGAGCAUAGGUUUCGACAUGAUCGAAAAUCUGGGUGAUAAUCAGGAACGGUGGAGGAGAACUCCUGUUACCGAACGCAUCGAUAUGUUCUUGAAGUGGCUAGGAGAGGCGUGGAAUAAAGAGUCGCUCUUUAUUGUUGAUGAUAUUGAGGCAUUUGGCUACUCCAAGAUCCCAACUAUCCUCAAAUACCCAGCACACCACGCCUUGGUAUCGACUCGAGAUUCUAACAUGAUGUGGACAGGUCGAAGCUUUCGAGAGAUUCGACUACCACCUUUAGAAGACGUUGAUACGAUCAAACUACUAGAACAUACACUUGAAAACCUAUUGGGAGAUCCAACUUAUCGGAAUGACCUUGAUCUGGUUGCUUAUCGACUCCAUGGCCAUCCUCUUGCGGCUCGAAAUGCCAUACCGUUCAUCAUGAGCUAUUUGUCCACCUACGAUAAUCCCAACGCCGCAUUUGCAGACCUCUUCAGCAGCAACGAUCCUGAAGAGCGAAAACUCUUUCUCAAGUUCAACUUUGAAGGCCGUUCGCUAUGGGCCACUUUUAAUACUUCCUUGGAGCGUCUUGAGUCUCGAGGGGACUACCAGAGCGCUACGAGCCUCCUACAAGUCCUUCCAUUCUUGUGCUUUGAUAAUGAUUCUGUGGACAAAUUCUUCAAGAUGAAAAAGCGCCGUCUACGCGAGUCUAAAGAGCUGCCUGAUAUAUCGAUUCUUCAGUCAAGUUUCGCUUUCAUAUCAAGUGGGCUUGUUGACCUGCGUGGCGUGUCGUUUUAUGUCCACAGCGACCUUUGCAGUCGCACUAAAGCUGUUAAUCUCCACCCUCUGAUGUCCCAACGGACAGAGAAGAAUCACUCUCAUAAGACAGAUAUUGCACCUGUUCAAUAA